UUCAGGACUGUUACUUGACAAAGACAGAAUGUCACCUAGACUGGAAUCGUUUCUUUUUUCUAAUCAAAGAAGAAGUGUUUCUCCACAGAUGAGUUUGUGAGUGAGCAUAGUGGAUGUGCGUGUGUAUAUUGGGAAAAGAUGACUUUUCAAUAGUUACAUGUGGAGUGCUCACCAAAGCCACAAACAAUUGGAGACCAUCACAAUUUCUGUUUUCCUUUUUCUUUUCGUUCUAUUAUUUUCCUAAUUAAUUGGUACAAAUCUGUUUUCUUUCGCGGUGGUGCAGUGCUAAUAACGAUGCGUUCACCCUAGCGACGUUGUGAAUGCAUAAUAUUUACAUCUUUUUCCCCCUUUUUAAUCCAGUUCAUUUAUUGGACUGAUAUAAGUUAAUAGUGGGCUGUUUUAUUUUAAUCAUAAAAUGCAAGGAGACGAUCCUCCUUACUUAUCUGUAGGAACUGCAGUCAGUGCAAAAUACAAAGGAGCUUUUUGCGAAGCGAAAGUCAGUAAAGUGGUCCAUAUUGUAAAAUGCAAGGUUUCAUACAAAAUGGGCUUGGGUACAGCAACAGUAACUGAUGAACACAUCAAUGGAACUUUAAGGGUAGGACAAUUGGUUCAAGCCAAGCAUCCAGACAACAAUGACUAUGUUGAAGCAACUAUUAUGAAAAUACAAGAUUGUAGUCAAUAUACAGUUGUUUUUGAUGAUGGUGAUAUAAUGACUUUGAGAAGGACUGCAUUGUGUUUGAAAGGUGGCAAACAUUUUAAUGAGAGUGAAACAUUAGACCAACUUCCACUGACACAUCCAGAACAUUUUGGAAAUCCAGUAAUGGUAAGAGGCAGAGGAAGGCGUAGCAGACAACUGAAGGAAGACAGUAGUGAAGGUGAAGCAGAGGAGGAAAAUGAACCAGAUCUGGAGCUGUAUAGUGUUGACACAGGAAAAGUUGUUAGUGUUGAAGCUGGUGACAAGAAGAGAAACAAGGACAAUUGGUUUCCUGGUUUAAUAGUAAUGCCUUCAGCACAACCAACAGUUAGGAUUAAUAUGAAAGAUGAAUUUUUGAUAAGAUCCUUCAAGGAUGGAAGAUAUUAUACAGUGCCCAAAAAGGAAGUGAACGAGUUUAAACGUGAAAUGGGAUCUCGCGUGGAGAGUUCUACAUUGGCAGAGGCUGUAGAUAAAGCAAUAAAAUUUUUAGACAAUGACGAAUUACCUGCUCAUUGGGAAAAGAAUUCAUUAUUCAAUCUGCAGUCUCAUUUUUCGGAUGGCGAUGAAAGCGUUUCAGAUAGCUCUGACGAUGAACCUACAGAGGAAAAAGACCAUUUUGUGGCUCAGCUCUAUAAAUUUAUGGAUGACAGUGGUACGCCGCUAAAUAAAACACCAACGAUCGGUAAUAAAGAUGUAGAUUUAUACAAACUGUUUAGGUUGGUCGAAAAGUUUGGUGGUUAUAAUCGCGUAACAAAUCAGAACAAAUGGAAAACUAUUACAGCGCGAUUAAAGUUUAAUCAGAAUCAAGCGAACUAUAAUCAUGUAAAACAAGUGUACAAAAAAUGGUUAUUGAGUUACGAGUCUUUUUAUCGUACAUUGGGAUGCACAAUGUUAAAUCCCACAAGAAACGCAAAGAAAAACAGAGGUCGUCCUCUUAUUCGCGAUAAAGAUAGAAUGACACCAGUGCAAAGUCCGAGACCUGAAAAGGAGGAUGACACUGAACAGAAAAAGGAAGAGGAGGAGAAAACUAAAACAAAGAAAGCGGAUAGUAAAAAAGUAGAGGAAGAAAAGAAACGUAAAGAAGCACAAGUGGAGAGUAGUGACAACAGCAGUGAUGCAACAGAUCAGUCUGAAGCUCCCAGUACAUCUAAAGACAUAAAUAAAUCCAAACGUAAUGAACCUAAACCGAAGGAGAAGAAGGUGAAACCUACACCUGGUGAAAAAGUUAAGAGCCUGGUGGAGAAGUUUGAAGAUCACUCGAAGAAGCAUGCCGAUGAUGAUAAAAUACAGCAAACUCGGUCAAAAUCGCAAGUUCCGCGAAGCAAAGAAGUUACUUCCCCGGAACGUAAAAUUCGUGACACGAAAACACCAAAUCGUGAACCACCCCAAAAACCUUCAAAAUCCAUGAGUAAAAAGCCUGGAGAGGACGAUAAAGACAAGAAACGAGGCCGGAAAAGAAAUAAUACUGAUGACAAGACGUCUAAUUCUGAUAGUAGUGUUAACGAAUUAUCAUCAGUACCGCCACCAACGUCCACGUCUCCUCCAUCGUCAUCAGCAUCUUCAGUAUGUAUUGGUGAUAAAUUAAAAGUAUAUUAUGGGCCUACCCACGAAUCAAAAGUCACAUAUGAAGCUAAAGUUUUAAAAAUUGAAAAAGACCAUAACGGGCAAUACGUUUAUCUAGUUCACUACACUGGUUGGAAUACCAGAUAUGAUGAGCGUAUAACCUUUAGUAGAAUAGCAGAAAAUUUGAGCGCCACAACAAAGGCAAAAAGAUUAAAGCAAAGUUCUUCAGCUGGAUCUAAAUCUGCAAACAAAACUCCGGCUAAAAGGGGACGCGGUAUGUCCAUUACCGGACGAAGUACUGUACCAGAGCCUCCAAGGUCCACGACUCCUUCCAGUAUUACUUCAACUUCAAGUAGAACAAAAAGCCCUGCCACGCCGGUAUCGAAGACCAGCGCUAAUCGAGUUACAAGACAAGAUUCCAAUAGACGAAGUCGAAGAACAUCGGCUCAAACCGAUAUUUCAGUGCAAUCAGAAUCGGAAAGCGAUGAGCGAUCGGAGAGUGAAUCUGAAUUGACACGUACCAGGAGCGGAUCAAAGGAUGACUCUGAAACGAAAACAUAUCGAAGGAAACUAAUUAAAACGAAAGGAGAUAAGAGAAAGGACGACGAAGAUACAGAAAAGGAAGAGGAAAUAGAGCGUCCAAAACGUUCAAGGAAAUUAAAGAAAGCUUCUGAUGUGAAAGCUUUGGUGGAUAGUGACGAUGAAGGUUCCAAUCAACCGAAGGGUCGAGAAUUCGAUUUAAAUCAAAUUCGAUCCGAGCUUAAGGGCUUUGGUAAAGCCAUUAAAGUUACCAGCACUGACACUAGUGAAAAAGAAACAGUAUCAUCUGAUGAAUCUACUACAGUACCUGAACCCAAAGACAAUUCCGAAACUGAAACAGACGAGAAGAAAGAGAAAGUCGUCGAAAAAUCAUCAAGCUCCGAAGAUAUAUACGAGUUUAAAGAACCGGAACCUUUCGAAUUCGAAGUUAGGAAAAGCAGCACCGAAGAUAAAGGAAAGAAACGAAUCCCGAGGCUUUACGAUGACGUUGAGAAAUCUCCUCCUAAAAAGAAAAGUCCAAAAUCUCCUGCUAAAACAGAAACCAAAGAACCUGAAGCUGAAAAGAAACGGUUCAGGCGUACACCAGUGAAAAAACAGGAGGAGGUUGUUGAAGAAGAAGUUGAGAAGAAAGAAGUGCCGAAAAAAUCUGAUGAUCCCUUCGAUAAGUUAGUAGAAUCACCUUCUUUCCAUAUUGGAAAAUCUUCAACAACUGAAAAACCUUUAGAAAAGCCCAGUGUAGUUAAAGCGUUAAAUAUGGAUGAAUCAUUAAGUAUAUUUGAACUUGCUGAAAAUCUCGAAGAAAAUAGUGAAGAUAGAUUGGACCUUUCUGAUAACGAUGCUCAUUCAGGAGAAUUGACUUUUACUCAUUCUACGUCAUUUUUUCAAGAAAAUUUUGGAAAACCUUCGCCGGACCAUAUGAUCGAUGCUGCUUGCGAAAAUUUUACUUCUAAAACUGAAGAUAAUAAGAAGAAUAUAGAAGAAGUGACGGAAGCAAUAGAUAACACUUUAAAAGACGUUGAACAGAAUACAGUCACCGACGAUGAUACUAGUGAUAUGGUUUUAGAAAGUGAACCCAAGUUUGAAAACAAAACUAAUUUGUCUUCAGCGAGUGCAUCUACAACAACGUUAAAUAGAAUUGAAGCAGAAGAUGAUAUUAAAGAAGAGGUUGUAGAAGAAAAGAAGAUAGUACUUCCAAAACAAUUAGCUGCCGUUUUUCAAGAAACAGAUAGUUCUCUAUUAGAAGAUUUGUGUUCUACGCCGCAAUAUACAAGUAAAAUUGAUGAUCUUAAGGAUAUCAAUCUCAAAAUUGGAACGACAAUAGCUGAUACUAUUCUUCAAAAGUUAAAGAACAAUGAAAAUAAUUCCGAUAUGGAGUUAGAACCGUCUGAGGAGGAGGAGGAAGAAGAAGAAGAAAAAGAAGAGAAGAAGGUGGAACUGAAGAUCGAACCUAAGACGGAACCCGAAGUUAAAGAAGAGAAACCGAUUAUCGAAAUAGAGCCUAAAAUUGAAAUUAAAAAUGAGAUUGAGGAAAAACCACAAGUGGAAGAAAGUAAACCUGUAGUGCAAGAUUUUAAGAAAAGAUAUACCAGGAAAUUUGUUAGCAAGAAAUAUAUAAUUGAUACGGACACAGAAAGCGAUUCAGAUUCCGAACAACGUUUAGUCAUUGUACCUUCCGAUGAUGACUCGCAAACAAGUACAUCUGUGGAUAACAAAACUAAGGAAACGGAAAGUGUUCCCACAGAACCAACGCCCAUUGAAAAUACAACUUGUCAAGUAGAAGAACGCAAUUUUAAUUUUGAUAAUAUAAAACUUGCCGCGAAAGAGGACGUUAUCGUUACAAUGGAGGUGGAGCAGGAGGAAGAGGAGAAGACUGAUGAAACGGAAACGAACAAGGACGAUGAACCAGACUCUAAUCUUCAUUCAAUGUUGUUCUGCGAGGAGACAAUACCUGGAAGUCCGGCACCGGCGCCUCAGAAUGAACCUAAAAAGUCUAAAAACAAUGUCCUCGAAAUGCCAUUUGCAAGUGCACCUAGUGGAAGCAGUAGCAAUAACAAGAAUCUGUUGAUCCAACAGGAGAAAGCCAAAGAAAAUCAACCAUCUCCUGUACCACACGUAUUGCCGCUGGAAAAUCGAGAAAAUAUUCGUGAAGCCUCCGCCGUUCUAGAUAACACUCCGCCAACCACUCCAGAAAGUACAAUUAGCAAUUUAUCACCUAGAGGUGAAAUCGGCGGAUUAUCACCGAACAACGGGGAUAACGAGAGUUGUAAGUCGACGGAAACCGACGUUGAAUACACGAAUUCGCGACGUUCUGCUACUACAAAAGUUACCAAUUAUAGCGAAGAUGAUUCUUUGCUGAACGUUGAACCACCGCUAAGUUCAAGAAAAACGAGAGAGGAGGUGCCUUCACCUUGUAAGAAAAGACGACGAUCGUGCAAAGGAGAUUCCGAAAAUGUUCCAAUUAAAAGAGGAAGAAAACCCAAUCGUUCACGCCACAAUAGUGACAGUGAUGACACCUCGGAACAUUCUUUGCAAGACAUUGCUAAUAAUUUAGUAGAACCAACUAGGAUCAACAGGUCACCGAGACCAUCAAAGUACAAUUUCUUUGUAGAAUUUGAUGCCAGUAUGGAUAGAUCAAGUAGAAUAGCAUUAAUUCUACAAAAGUUAAGCGACUUGAAGAAAACGUAUACUGGCGUUAAGGCCGAACUCCAGUUAAUCGAGAAGAGACGGAAGAAACUUCGACGAAGAGAACGAGAGGCAUUACGAGCAGCGAAGCAGGAAUCCUGCUCAUGAUCCAGGUCUAGCUUGAUCUCAUUCUAGAGUAAACAAAAUGCAAACAGAAGCAAUUGAUAAUUUUAAUAAUAGACAUUCAAUAAUAUACUGUAGAUUGU